AUGGCGGAGACGCUGAGGCGGGUGCUAAACUGGGGCAGCGCGGCUGGCCCCGGGGAGGAGAACACAGCUGAGGGCGAACCGCCUUUGCUGCUGCUCGGCGGUCCCGGCUCUGGAAAGACAGCGCUGCUAUUCGCGGCGGCCCUGGAGGCGGCAGGGGAAGGCCGAGGCCCCGUCCUCUUCCUGACUCGGAGGCCUCUGCAAAGCCUGCCCCGCGGGACUGGAGCUGCACUCGAACCCUUGCGGUUACAGAAGAUCCGCUUCCAGUACCCACCCUCAACCCGUGAGCUCCUCUGGCUCCUGUGCUCUGCCCAUGAGACCCGGGGGCCAGCCCCCUCCCUCCUGCUGCUCGAUGGCCUGGAGGAGUACCUAGCGGAAGACCCCGGGUCCCAGGAAGUCGCCUACCUGGCCGCCCUGCUUCUGGACACAGCUGCCCACUUCAGCCACCGGGUUGGGUCUGGCCGGGGCUGUGGGCUCAUUGUGGCCCUGCAGACCCAGGAGGAGGGAGACGGUGGGACUGCCCUGCAGUUGGCACUGCUUCAGAGGUAUUUCCCUGCCCAGUGCUGGCUCCAGCCCGAUGCACCAGGCCCAGGACAGCACUGCCUCCGAGCCUGCCUGGAGCCAGAUGGGCUGGGUCCCAGGGCAGAGUGGCGGGUGACUUUCCGACAAAAUGGAGAGAUGACAGUCACCCCGUGGCCCACGCAGGCUGGUGACACCAGCUUAAACAAGGGUUCAAGCUCUGGAGGCCAACCUUGAGGUUUGGAGUGUGACAACCUCUCUAUGCUUCAGUUUCCAUGGCUGGAAUACCUACCUCAGGGACAGAUGCAAAUUCAGAGACCUAAAGAUUAUAAAGUGCUUUUUCUCUCAUAAAUAUAGCAUUAUCCUGUACAUAUUGUCAACAUAUUGUUAAUUUUGCUGUUUUGAACUUUGUAAAGAGUUUAAUGAUAAAUGUAAUCUGAGACUUC